AUGUGGAAUAACGGAGCUGCUUCUGGCUCACAAGAGUCCACCGUACGACCCAGAGCAGUGGUUAUGAAGCUCCUCAACUACGCUGACAAGGUCCGUGUUAUGAAUGCAGCCCGAAGCGCAGGUAACGUGCUCGUAGAUGGAAGAAAAGUUAUGUUUUUCCCGGAUCUAUCCUCCGAGUUACUGAAGAAGAGGAAGCUGUUUGAUGCCGUGAAGAGGGACCUAGCUGGUCUAAAACUUCAGGAUCUGCGCUACGGGUUAGUCCAUCCAGCUACACUGCUUUUGACUGUACGGGGAAGACGCCACACGUUUGAAAAAGCGGAGGCAGCCGAGACUUUUGUGCGAAGGCUGAGGCAGAAGAGGAGCGUGACAUAUGCAGAGGACGCUGAGUAG